AUGGGGGUGAGAUGGCUCAAGUGGUUAGAGCGCGAAUUUACUGACCGGAAGGUCCGUGGUUCGAAACCAACCUCUGCCUCUCGACUUCCUCUGUCUAGGCUUAGGCGACCUGACAGUAACCCAGCCCUCGUGCUUCCUUCGGGCGGCAUGGCAGCUAGGCACCGAAAGAAGUAUAAAUACGUCGAAGCGCGAACAGUGAGAUUAUUGGGACAGUGCACUGGCUAUCUUUCCUCGAUUUGGGAAAAAACGUUUUCAAUCCAACUGCUAAGCUCGGAGAACAGACCAGGCAAACAAGCACGCUUCCGAAUUGCGCUGGUUUGGCCACGUGUUGCGUAUGCCAGUCGACCGACUUCCUCGAAGGGCUCUUCUCGCACAACCACGCGAACGGUGGGAACAAGCCAGGGGAGGUCAAACAAUGACUUGGCAGCGAAGUAUGAAAGCCAUUGCGAGGAAACUAAGCUGCUCUGGCCACUGCUGUCUCCCUGGAUGGGGAGCCCAAAACAGAACAAAUCAAUGAUUAGAGACAUUGUCAGACAAGGCGCAGCGGCGCCCGCAAUAGCGCUUGUGCAUCUAGAAACGAAAACAAAGAAGGGCGACUGCAACGCCUCUACUAAUCAUUCAGUUGUAACACGUUUUCGGUGUCUAGCUGCCAUGCCACCCAAAGAAAGCACGAGGGUUGAAAUACUGCUAGGUUGUCCAAGCCUAGAGACAGGGAAAGUAAGAGGGAGAGAGAUCGGGUUCGAAUCACGGGCCUUCCGAUCACUAAUCGACUGA